AUGAACAAGAUUACCAUCAUUCUGGCUGUCGUCCGGCGGGCGACCGGCGAUCCGGUGGCGUUCCGCCCCAAUCUGAAGCCGUACCCGCGCCAGUACAUCCGGCUCGGUCUGCUGGGCCCCGACCCGGACCUCGUCAAACAGAGGCCGCGGCCAAAGUUCCAGAUCCGCUGGACGCCCUCGAUGGAGUGUCAGACAGGGUCAGAGUCCGGCUCUAGCGAGCCGAUGGAGGCGGCGAGCGCCGGCGCGGUGGCGGCCGAGCGCGGUGACGCCGACGGACUGCCGGAGCGCCAUAGCAGCCAUGACGUGUUCUACGAGCUGCACGAGCAGCAUGCCGUACACGUGACGGGCGUGCGCAGCCACGGGCCGCCCACGUGCCGCUGCGGCUUGGAGUGCGUGGCGACCGAGGGCGGCAGGCUGGUCAGCCGCGCCACGCAGUCGCCAAGCCGCGUCUCUUUCGUGCACAAGAACCUGCUGAUGCUGUGCCGGCCGCGGAGCCCGCGCCUCUUCAGCCUACUGAUGGUGGUGCUGGUGUCCAACGUAUUGCUCUCGCUGCGUCUGCUCAGUCUACGCUCAGCGGCGGAAGACGAGGACUGCUGCGGCUCGGACCCGGCCGCCGCCACCCUGCCUGUCGUGGCGCCUCGCCCUGCCCGUGCCGUCUCGCCCGCCGAGCCGGCACCACCUCUGCUAGCGGUGGGCGCCUCGCCGCCGCCGUCGUCGUCGGCCGGACCGGGGUUCUCGGCCGGGCCGAUCUCGCGGCUACCGGCGCGGCUGGCCACCGAGUACAGCGUCACUCUGGCCACACAAGCCUCGCUCGAUCGGCUCUCCCAGCUAGCCGAGCUGGCCGAGCGCUGGACGGGCCCCAUCUCGGCGGCCGUGUUCGCGCCGGACGUGGAGCAUGCGCUCGUGCGAACCUACGUCGCCUACCUGCGCCGUUGCAGCGCCGCCGUGCGCGAGCGCGUCACGUUCAGCCUGCUGAUUCCGGCGGCGUGGCCGGCGCGGCCCGACACGGCCCAGGGCCGACCCACGCUACCCUGCCACCAGCCGCGCCACGCGCUCAACCUGCUCCUGCAACGGCGACCGCGCAAGAUGCUCGCCUGGCGCGAGCGGUUCGCCUACCCGCAGAACGCACUGCGCAACUUGGCGCGCAAGACCAGCCAGACGGCGUUCGUGUACAGCGUGGACGUGGACGUGGUGCCGGCGGCCAGCGCGGCGCGCGCUCUCGACGCGUUCGUGCGCUCGGACGUGGUGGCCGGUUGCCGCCGCUGCGUGUUCGUCGUGCCUACGUAUGAGGUGGAGGAGCGGCAGCCGUUCCCCGAGACGGCCGCGCAGCUGUUGGAGCUGGUGCGACGGCGCAAGGCGCGGCCCUUCCACGAGAAGGUGUUUCUUCACAACCAGUUUGCCACCAACAACUCGCGGUGGGAGAAACACGUACUGGAGUUUACAGAGACCCGCAUCAUCCACCCGGUCACCAAUUUCGAGUUCUUCUACGAGCCGUUCUAUGUCUCGCGGGGUGACGUUCCCGAAUAUGACGAACGCUUCGUCGGCUACGGCUUCACACGGAACACUCAGGCAUACGAGACGCUGUGCGCCGGCUACACAUUCCACGUGCUGGCGCCCGUGUUCGCGGUGCACUGGGGCCUGCAGAGCAGGAAGGCGCGACCCCCGUGGCGCGAGAUGCAGAACAACAGCAACCGGCGCCUGUUCGACGCCUUCAAACAGGAGGUGUUCGCGAGAUUCGGCACCGACCCGCUCGGCAUGAUGAAGAAGAAGCCCUCGGCCGCUGCCGGCUCGAGCCGGCGCAAACAGGCCCAGAUUGGGGCUGGAUCGAGGGGACGGGAGCAGCAGGGGGCACCUGUGAGCGCGCGCGCAGCGGUGAAACAGAGCCUCGCGGUCAGUGGCGACUCGCAGCGGGCAAACAAGCUGGGAAGAUGAUGGUCCUGGGCCUAGGAUAAUAGACGUUGUGUUGAUUGCGUGGUGCGGAUGCAGGUGGUGCUUGUUUGUGGCGAUGGUAUAGGGUGUUACAAAGAAGAGUGAUGGGUUGAAACUUUGGCUAGAAGCGAGUAUGCUCGUCUGGUCUGCGUAAUUAGCGAAAAGCGUAAUACCAAUGAAUACCCCUCGUGGAGCUGGCAUACAUGUUGGUCUGUUGUGCUUUGUAGACCAUGUUAGACAAACCUAAACCAAGUCGUCCUUUUUUCUCACUUCUGGAGUGAACGUGUGACACGACGAAAAGCCCGCAUGGGGUCAUUUGUUACAUUCAUUGCUGUUGAUUUGGUGGUCACAAACACUUUCGUGACGCCUCUGCAGCCUCUCAGUUUUGGCAAGCGCACCGAUGUGUUGAAGUUGAACAUCCCUGGAAUGAUCACUACGUCCACCGGUGAGGAGAAUGUUGAUGUUUAUUUCAGAGCGCAAGGCAAGAAAUACAGCAUACCGUUUGGUGAGCUUCUGCAGCAAUUUCCUGCUGAUGAGGUCA